AUGUCAUGUACAUCAUUAAAAUCAAUCAAAUUACCCUCCGUUGUUGUUAGUGAUUCAGUAUUUUCAGGCUGUAUCUCAUUAAAGGAAGUAGAAUUUCAUCCACAACAAAAAAGCAUACCACAGGACAUGUUUAAGGGAUGUGGUUUUAAGAAAUUCACUUUGCCUGAUUCAAUCAUAAGUAUUGGUUCAGGGGCAUUUAGUUAUAAUGGAAAACUAUCUAAGUUCACACUUGGAAAAGGAAUUCUAGCACUGCUUAAUGUUAAAAGCUGGUUUACCUCAUCUGAAAAACCAGGCAUAGAUGAUGAUGCUUUGGAUGCAAUGGGAGUCAAAAUUGAUAUCGAAGAUGUCGCCUACCCCAAUUUAAACUUCACAAUGGUUAUAUCUCCAACUGUUAUGGGAAUACCAGCUGAUACAUUCGUUGGUUUGGGUUACUUUAACGUUGAAAUUGAUGAAGAAAAUCCAUUCUUUUACGUAAAAGAUCACUCAAUUAUUGAAAAAACAUCCAAUAAAUUAAUAGCAACAUUUGGUGUUGUUGAUGAAAUUUACAAAUUACCAAGUGAAAUUGAAUUUAUUGAAGAUGAAGACGCUUUGAAAUCAGCCGAGCCAUAUGUCUUUGAAGAUAUCGAAGGAAAAGAGUUCUCUAAUGAAUAUCCACAGAGAGUACUGAAAAUCCCUAAGAGUGUAAAGGAAUACUACGAUAUUGAUAUAGAUAUAAUUUGUUAUGAAGGUGAAUAUUACCAGACAGAUUCAGUGGGUCGUUAUGUUUAUGCCAGUAAGAAAUAUAUUUACCCGACAAUUAAUGGAAAAACUCGAAAUGUUAAUUGUGACUAUGAAAAAACAAAUAUUAGGCAUCGUAUUGGACUCACAGGAACCGAAAUUGGUCUAAUUGUUGGUGUCAUAAUCGUUGCUUUACUUCUGAUAGGUGCAAUUAUCCUUUACAUAUUCCUUCCAUUAACAAAACUUAUUAUGAAAGCUGCAACUAAUGAUGUUGCACCAUAA